CUAAACAAAAUCCUGUCAGUAUACUGUGAAAGAAAUGAGUUUGCUGACUGCUGACUCCGUGGAGGUUUACGAAAUUCUUGCGUGUUUUUUUGAAGGUGGGAAAUGGCCUCGCUCCAAGUGCUUUAGCUUACUCGCCAGUACUCCAUGGUGGACGUGCGGUGUUAAAGAGAGCGAGUGGGCAAAGCGUUUGCUAGCCAUCGCCAUCUAGCUACACUGUGUUUGUAAAGCGAAGAAGACAACCGGAUCUAGACGCACUUAUGCAAACCUAUGCGACUCUUAACAGGUGAGAGAUGGAUAUGAGAGAGGUGUACGUGGUGACUGGCAGCUUCGUGGGCUUCCAGCUGUUCUUCUCCUGUGUCAGUCCGGUUCUGUCCAGCAACUUCUCUCAGGGCUACGGGAGAUUAUCACCAAACAAACUCAAUGACUGGAACUCCAGGCUGGUGUCCACCGUCCAUGCAUUAAUUGUGGGGCUCUUCUGUCUCUAUAUCCUCUGGUACGACGAGGCCGUCAACAAAGACCCGGUCUGGGGUGAUCCUAACAUAGUUAAGCUCAAUGUGGCCAUCACCUGUGGAUACCUGGUCUAUGAUCUUGUGCUACUUGCUUGUAACUGGAGUGCUAUGGGAGACGUGUUUUUUCUCUGUCACCACUUGGCGGCACUCUAUGCUUAUGGAUAUGUGCUGACACGUGGAGUGCUUCCUUAUUUUGCAAACUUCCGGCUGAUUUCAGAAUUGUCAACGCCAUUUGUGAAUCAAAGGUGGUUUUUCGAAGCGUUGGCCUACCCUCGUACUCACCCACUGGUUGUCGCUAAUGGCAUUGCGAUGGCAGUUGUGUUCUUCCUCGUCCGAAUCGCAGUGAUGCCCCCAUACUGGGCGAAGGUUUUUGACACCUUCGGUACUCCAGCGUUUGAGAGGCUGGGUCUCGGUGCUCAAGUAGCUUGGAUUGUAUCCUGCAUUUGUCUGGACGUCCUAAACACAAUCUGGAUGUACAAAAUCGCACGCGGCUGCUGCAAAGUUGUCACUGGCAAGCUGAAAGUAGCCAAAGUAGACUCUAAAAAGACCAAUUACGUGAACAACCACACAGAGUGAGCCACCAAUGGGGAUGAAGAACCAUUCAAAAUAAUGACUUGUAGGUUAAUAACAUUAUGUACUUCCCCGAUCAGGAUAUAGCAAGUUCUCCAUUGUUACUAUAAUGCUCCGUUGUCAAUAAUGGAAGGAUGUGCUCUCAAAAAUGAAAGUUGAGAGGAGUUGGUGUCUCAUCCCAGCAUGUAUCACAUAUACACACUCUGGUUUUCCCUACCUUGGUGAUGUUACUUUGUUUGUCAACCAAACAAACCUCUUAUGCCUCAAACACAACCAAUGUGCCUCAAAGCACAAAGAAGAAGCAAUAUAACAUAAAGAUGUGAACUUGUGGCCAGGGAAAGUUAAUUGCAUCUCCAUUGUAAAGCCUUGUACUACCAAUGCUCCUAAAACAAUCAUUGUGGCCUUGUGAACCUUGCAACCUGAUGUGCCUCAAGUCCCCGGUGCCCUCUGGAUUUGGGCAUUCUCAACUCUGCAGCUUUUGUUUUUGGAUGUUGUUCCAGAAUUGUUCAUGUUAUUUACACACUAUAGCCCAACGUGCUGGCGGACCCGAAGUACUCAUCAAUGUUAUUCAGUCUUAUGUCAAGUCUUCAUUGCCAGCUCAGUGUGACCCAUUGCAAGACUCUAGGAAACCACAGAACUACCUCUCACAAUUCACCAUCUGAAGCACAAGUUAAUUUUGUGCCAUCACAGAAUUAACCCACAUCUUGAAAGAACAGUCCAUCCGAAUCAAACACCUACUACCUUUGUAGUCCAGACCUGAGGUUUAACCCCUCUAGGGUUGGGUAUACUUUGUUUUUCUGUGUGCUGUUGCGUCUCGCUUACAGUCGAACGCUCGUGCCUUUUAAAAUAUUCUCUUUUGACCGCAAGCCUUUAUGGGUGUGUUUGCUGUAUACUCACUAUGACUGCUUUGUGAUACUCUUUAGUACAGUAAACAGUAGGUGCAUAUGUUGAUCACACGUAAAGAUGCAUACUGUCGGUACUGGGCUGCACACAGACAGUACACACAUAUUCGCAUCAUGCGCACUAUGUGUGAGAGUUGUAGCGACAGGCGGAAAACCAAAGUAUACUUUGGGCUUUAUUGUUGCACAUCAGUCUCUGAUUUCCAGAAGUAAUUUUCAAUGUGGAAAUUGCUUGAAAUUAUGUUUAAAGCUUUUGUUUUUUUUACACUGGAUGUCUAUCAGUAACAUGAAUGAUAUCAAAGUGAUGCUAACAAGACCUUUGUCCAUGCAUGUUCUGUGACCGUACGGUAAACCUUGAGGUUAUAUUUGCAUUAGAUUCAAGGACACAGCAGUUGUUAUAUCCAUUUCUAGUAAGUUUUUACAGGUCUUUUGAAGUCCUUGCCUUUUUUUUACACCCUGCAAAGUCCUGAAGAUCUCCAUUUUCCUUACUCUCUUACCUUUUCUGUUGUAAUUUCCCAAGCUGAUAGUCUUGAUCUAACUAAAUUACUAAAUCACAUAUACAAGGUUUUGACAUUUUCAUUAUCAUUAAGCAGAUUAUUUAAUCAGUCAAAUUUAAAACUUAAUACUUUGGGAAACAGCUAUCCACCAAUCCAUUAUAUCUAACCAUCCUAUCAUCCAUCUAUCCAUCCAUCCAUCCACAUGACCCCAUUCAUCAUCCACCCACCUGACCCCACCCAUCCAUCAUCCGCCCACCUGACCCCAACCAUCCAUCAUCCGCCCACCUGACCCCAACCAUCCAUCAUCCGCCCACCUGACCCCAACCAUCCAUCAUCCAUCCACCUGACCCCAUCCAACCAACCAUCCACCCACCUAAUCCCACCUAACCUUCAUCAUCCACCAACCUGACCC